UGUAAAGCCUCUCAGCGUGCAGUCUAUGUGGUUAGUAGAAGCUCGUGCCCGCGCUCUUAUGCGGGUAACCGGGUCAGUCAUUCACCUCCUAGAUGGCGCUAUAAUCAGUCGGUGAGUGACCAGGAGAGUACCUGUUAGUGUCACAGACAUCGCCUAAAGCACUAGAACCAGUUCUUGCAGUAUCAGAGCUGAUUCACGUGUGACCAACAUGAAGACAACUGGGAUAAACCAAACCUCAGAGAUCUACAUGGUGACUGGGGAGGAACAAAUGGAGUUUGAUGAAGUUGCAGUUUAUUUCACGGAGGAGGAGUGGGGCUGUUUAACUGAAGAACAAAAAGAGCUUUAUAAGGAUGUGAUGAUGGAGAAUUACCAGACCCUCAGGUCUCUAGGAUAUGUUCAUGUGAAACCUUUAAUCGUUGCGAAGAUUGAGCAGGCAGAGGAGCUGUAUAUGUGUAGUUUUCCAAUAACCAAAGGUAGAUUCAAAGACUACGAUAUUCCUUAUCAAGACCAGAGGCUCAUGGGAAAUUUAUGUUCUGAAUGUGGGAAAUGUUUUGCCAGGAAAUCGAGCCUUAUUAGACAUCAAAGAAUUCAUUCAGCAGAGAAAGCAUUUUCAUGUUUUAUUUGUUUCAAAAUAUUUAUGCAAAAAUCAGAUCUUAUUAAACAUCUGAAAACUCAUUCAGGAGAAAACCAAUUUUCAUGUUCUGAAUGCGGGAAAUUUUUUAACAAAUCAUCAAGUCUUAUGACUCACCAGAAAAUCCAUUUAGAAAAGAAAGCAUUUUCAUGUUCUAUAUGUGGGAAAUGUUUUACUCUGAAAUCAUAUCUUAUAGCACAUCUCAAAAUCCAUACAGGAGAGAAAGAAUUUUCUUGUUCUGAAUGUGGAAAAUGUUUUCUUAGGAAAUCGGAUCUUAAUAAACAUCUGAAAAUUCAUACGAGAGAGAGAGAAUUUUCUUGUUCUGAAUGUGGAAAAUGUUUUACUCGGAAAUCACAUCUUAUUACACAUCUGAAAAUUCAUACAGGAGAGAGAGAAUUUUCUUGCUCUGAAUGUGGAAAAUGUUUUCUCAUGAAAUCAGAUCUUAAUAAACAUCUGAAAAUCCACACAGGAGACAAAGCAUUUUCAUGUUCCGAAUGUGGGAGACGUUUUCUUAGGAAACCGGAUCUUACAAAACAUCUAAAAAUUCAUACAAAUGUGAGAGAAUUUUCAUGUUCUGAAUGUGGAAAAUGUUUUGCUCGGAAAUCGCAUCUUAUUAUACAUCUGAAGAUUCAUACUGGAGAGAAAGCAUUUUCAUGUUCUGAAUGUGGCAAAUGUUUUCUUAGGAAAUCGCAUCUUAUUAUACAUCUUAAAAUUCAUACUGGAGAGAAAGCAUUUUCAUGUUCUGAAUGUGGGAAAUGUUUUAUUCAGAAAUCUAAUUUUAUUAUUCAUCAGAAAACACAUACUAGACAUAAAGUAUUUUCAUAUUCUGAUUGUGGGGAAUGUUUAAAUAAGGAAUCACAAAUUACUGCACACCAGAAAGUUCAUACAGGAAAUAUCUCACCUUGAUGUUCAGAAACUGCAAUGAUGUAAACAACAGUAUUAGGUCCAAUAAGCUUCCUUUACCACUUGGUUCUCACAGAAGUGGUAGCAGAGCUCAAACAGGUGGACUGUAGAACAAAAUGUUAUAUACUAUAGGUGUUAGCUUCUGUACUAAUCAUCUGUGAGUUGCUGGGUGUCACGAUAGAGGGUGGAGUGGUUCUGCAGUCAACAUGCCCUUCCUGAUUUCUGAAAAGGACCAGUAUCCAACAGGGAGACUUGUGCAAUCCUCAUAACUAUUGAGUCUGUAGCACAGACCCGCAGGUCACAUCCUGCUCAGUGUGAAAUUAAUUCAGUUGACUCCAACAAGGUAAUAUAAGUCCAUUAAUCACAGUGACACAGCCAAAACUUUGUAAAUUCUUGAAGGAUUUUGUAUAAAUAGCACAUCUUAUCUCACUCCAGGUACCAUACAACAAUAACCACCAACACUUUCUUAGACACUAUCAGUUAGCAGCCAUAAAACCUACAAUUAAGGAAUUGUGACAAAUUGGCAUCCUGAUGGCAAGUCAAUUCAAUAGUUCCUGAAUGGUCAGUAACUUGACUCCAAAAAAAACAAUCAGAGGAGCACCUACUUUCUUUGCAGUUUAAUAUUGAGUUUCCCUGGCUACAGAGUCUUAUUAAUCCCACUUACUUUCAGUGCGCAAAACAGAGAAGGUAGAAAGCGCACCAUAUGUAUUGUGAUAUUAUAGCUAAAGCCCCCGCAUUUCUGGUAACAUUAUACAAUACUUUUUUUUUUCUCUUUAUUUACUUUUUAAGUAGUAUUGACUUUCUUUUUGUCUAUUUUAGUCUAUCAGGUAUUUUUUUUUCCUUCUGAGAGCCUCAUAUGCAUAUUUGAGGGGGGUGGGGGGGUUCUCAGCCAUUAUGGUCUAUUAGAAGAGCCACAAAAACUUUAUUGCUUUACUAUUAAUAAUGAUUACUAAUGUUUUUUUUGUAUUUUUACUUAACCGCUAAUAUUAAUUCAUGUAAUUUGGAAUUAAUCUCAUAUCAGAAUAUUUUUUGUACAAACACUUGAUUAGUCAUAAAUAAUUUGUUGAUUGUAUUAUAUUUGUGUUCAUGCUUGUUUUCAGCAAUGUAAACCUUAUAAAUAGAAAUAAAAUUGUCAUGUUUAUUAA